AUGAUGAGGCGACAAUUGAAUAUUAUGGACACACCUACUUCGGUCGAUUGUGGAAGAGAUGUUAGAUUCCGGCGAUCCUUUCGCACUUUGAUGGAGUGCAUGGUCCCCGCUUGCUGCGCCUUCCAACAAUCAGAAGCUCUCUUCAACGACAGUUGUAAUACAGUCACCGGCACUUUUUUAGGAUACAGAAACGGUAGGGUCAGUUUCUGCAUCCAACAAGACACCAAGAGCAGUCCAAUCUUGCUCUUGGAAUUCGCAGUUGUAACAUCAUAUCUCGCUCGAGAGAUGCAGCAUGGCCUCCUCAGGAUAGCUCUCGAGUGCAAAGGGGGAUGUGGCUCUCUCUACAAAGUUCCGGUUUGGUCCAUGUCCUGCAACGGCCGGAAAGUUGGAUUUGCCGUCAGGCGUGAGAUGAGCGAAAAUGACGACAGCGUGUUGAAGCUUAUGCAUUCUAUCUCUGUUGGGGCUGGGGUUUUACCAAAGUUGGGGGAGAAUUUUAACGGUGACGAUCUCAUGUACCUUAGAGCUAGCUUCGAUAGAGUAAUUGGGUCACCCGACUCUGAGUCCUUUCAUAUGAUUAAUCCGGUCGGAAGUUCUGGACAAGAGCUAAGUGUAUUCCUUGUCAGAUCUUAA